AUGGCGGAUGGAGAGGUCCUAGGACUGGAUCGCCUGACCCUCGACGAUGCCACCGGAGGGUCGCGUCCUCCAACUGGCGCUCGCAACGAAAGCAUCCUGUUCGACCUGAGCCUUGUUGAAGUCACCAGAGCGACAGCAGGCUACGACGCUGAGGUAUGCGCAGAUCGACUGAAGAGCAACCCCGAAGCCCCUGGCAUAUGGGAGUGGGUGUGCAGGUCGCUCGGAUCCCAUGCUGCCUAUAAUAGUGUGGAUGGCUCAGAUUCUGCGGCUUCCCAGACCGGCGCGCCUUCGACACCCAGGCGCGUGGCUCGUCACGGCAGGCUCGAUCAACUUCCAACGCCGAUGAGAAACCGUCCUGCUGCAUACGAGUCUAGUCAAGAUUCUUCGACCGCAGUCAUUGCAGAUCAACUCGUUCGAGACAUGCAGCACAAGCAUUAUGGGAAGUACCUCAAGCUUGAGGAGCUCAGCGCUCCUGCAGGGGUGACGAAACUCCUCAAGAAUCCUGCUUUUCGCAACGCGCUCUCUCAAUUGAGGCAAUCGAUCACAGCCGCUACAUUGGAGUCACAGAUGGAGCGCCCGAUCGAGCGUUUUGUGAACUGCCUAGGGUACAUCUUUGCUGCUUCAGGGUCACACUUGCAAAGCUCUGCACAAGCGCGACGGUAUGCAGUCGCUCAGAGCAGCACGUCGGUGGUGAGUUACGCUGGUCACGUCUGCGCCGCUUGCAGCUACGAUGGCGCAGUUAGGUCACGGCUAUUUGCGCCAAUCGGGAUUCUGACCGCUGUCGUCUGUAAUUCUGCCCCUCUCCGCUGACCUCCUAGCAUCUGAGCUCAGAGAUUGUCGUUCUUGGCGACAAGCCCGAGAAUGCUAUCAGACCCGACAUUACCCUGGGUGAUGUUCGGCCAUGUGAUCUGAAGCACUCGGAGUGCCGCAGCGGUGUCACAGCGCAUCCCGCCCGUAAGCAGUGGAGCGAGAUCUCGACAGUCAUAGAGCUCAAGCGCACAGCGACGUCGGAUGGCUCUCGCGAUUUGAUGGCGCAAGUCCUGACCUAUGCGGUAUGUCAUAUUUCGAUGCUUGGCCUGAGCCUGAUUUCUGAUAGCUGGCCCCGCCCUUUCCAGCGCAUGCUUCUUUGCGACCAUCCUAUCAGCAAAGCGGUGUAUAUCGUGACAUGGUGCAAGGACAUCGUCAGAUUGUGGUGCUUCACCGCGAAUGCAUACACUGUCACACGCGCCCUUCGCAUUCAUGAAGAAGAGGAUUUGCUCGACUUUUGCAUGGUCUUGCUCUUCUGCACUAAAGACGAUCAAUUGCUUCAGAGGUGGAGGCCGAAUCACGAUAGUCGCUUCCUUCGGCCAAUCCAAGGAUCACGCCCUUUCCAGCUCUUUUCGGCGUCAGGCAACAAGAACAACAUCUACGACAGGGCGAUGGUCAGACCUUCGCUCGUGGGAUCUAGAACGGCUGUCUUUCUACAUUGUCCGACGUCGGUGGACCUAGAAAAUGCGCAAUUGACGGAAGCCGAGCAUCGAGCACUCUUUUUCGAGGGCAGGUUGCUCUUCGUCAAAGCCUCGUGGCGCCCACCGCGCCUCAUUGGACACGAACUGAACAUGCUGCUCCGGAUCCAAAGGGGCGAACAGCUCCUGAAAUCGAAGAAUCAUGCGUCCUGGCAGGACAUUGAAGCACCAACUCCCAUCGCCUUGCUGCCUAUGGACUGGGUGACCUGGCCUGCUUCUGGGAGCCCGGCUCUGAAGUUAGACAUUCUCGCUUUCGCCCAACAUCAAGGUGUCGCCUUCGGCUAUAAGGAUGCUGAAGCAGACCUGGCCCAAAUUUUUGGUCAAUUUGCUCGACAGCUUGCAGCCUAUGCUGAACUUGGUCUGCAUUAUCGGGACCUGAACCCUGGUAAUCUUCUCAUGACCCGCCGCCAAGGCUCGCAACGUGCUCGCCUCGUGCUUGCGGAUCAUGGGAAUGUGCGUGUGGGUGUUGCGCGCGAAGACCCGAUGCCAACCUGCGAGGAGGCGGACUGGUUAGGCUGGGCAGCGGACGAUACCCGCUCAGCCAACCAGCUUUUCCUUGCUCAUUCCACCUCAAAUUGCGGACGUCACGCUGCAUUGUUCCUGCUCGAGGAAAAAGCGCGCCACAAGUAUACAGCAGACCUGAAAACCCUCGAGUCGCUCGAGUCAAGCAAAAAUAGCGAGAUCGUCCGUCUAAGAAGGGACAUCGAGGAAGCCUCGCAGAACAUGGCUAUCAAUCGAAAGAAAGCAUUCAUCAAGUCGCAUAGAUACAUCGAUGACCUGGAAUCGAUGAUCUAUCUCUACUUGUACACGGUGAGGCGGUGGGGCUACGUUCAAGCCGCGCCUUGUGUUGAUUCGAAUUGACUCCUCGAGUGCUCUUCGACUGCGCAGAUCAGUUGCAGGGGUGGCUCCCAAAUCCGAAUAGAACUGCUGAGAACCCUCUCUGACAACCGGGCAAAGUCUGACUUCUGGACGUUACGUAGUGUGUGGGAAGAAGUGAGUCGACUGGAGGUAGUGUCAAAUAAUGGUCUCUUACUGAAAUCCCAUUGUAGAUCACGCAGAAGCUACGCUCAGAGUGCAAAUUGCCACCAGCAUGGAUGUCCGCCAUUGAUGAUGUACGACGGAUAGUUGCCAAGGCUCAGGGCCUGUUGCGCGGUUCCUUGGAACAACACUUUGACAGCCAUCAUUCGGAUUUUGGAAGGGUGCCAGAGCUGCCCCUUCAGGACGUUGAAGAUCAGUGUUUCAAGGAUGUUGCUUCCGUCUUCGAUACCUACCUGCACGAAGAGCACGAGGAAGUGAGUAGCGCCUCAUGUGCAGAAGAUGUGACGCGGCGGCAAGCCUAUCCGUGAUUGAGCUCUGACCGGAUCCUACGUUAUACCUGCCUCUCACAGCCGCUUGACCGCCUGCGUGAGGCCCAAAGCACCCUCUGA